AGAGAGCUGGGGUCUGGCUGGACUCCUGAGACUGAGGGAGGAAGGGCUGCGGGUCUGGAUUCCUGGGUCUGCGGGAGUAAAGAGAUGGGGACUCGUAGGUACCCCAGUUGGAGGCUGGAAUCUGGUACGUGGAGAUCCUUUAGUGGGGGAAGAGCUUGGGGUUAGGUGUCCUGGGUUUGGGAAUGAGAAUGUAAAGAAUUCAGAAUUGCUGACCCCUCCGCAUCCAGGGGACAGGCAGAAUGAGAACUUUGGGCUCCUGAAGGCCCGAGGGAGGGGGUGUUAAAAUCCAGCCCCGUGCUCCCAAAGUGUAGAUGGAGCUGAGAAACGAGGAGAUGACAGGGCUGCGUCCCGCAUCUCUGGGCGCUGAGAAUCGAGGCUGGGGUUCCGGGGCCCGAUUCUGGGCGUGAGCGAUGGGUGUGGCGUCUGGAGCAGAGGAGGGAGGACACUGAGGGCCCGGGGAGCCCGGUGCUCUGCCAGGAGGCCUGGAGGGGUGUUUCCUCACCCUCUACGCUCCGGCGGCGCAUUCCUGAGCUCUGACCUCAGGCGACUGCAGGAGCCCUAAGGGCGGGGUGCUCCUGUUCGAAGUGUGUGGGGCUUAAUCCGUCUCCACCACCAGAUCUUUCUCCGUGGGUUCCUCUGCCAAGACCGCUGCCAUGCCAGUGACGGUUACCCGCACAACUGUCACGACCACCAUGACAACAUCCUCGGGCCUGGGGUCCCCCACCAUCGUGGGGUCCCCUCGAGCCCUAACUCAGCCCCUGGGUCUCCUUCGCCUGCUGCAGCUGGUGUCCACCUGCGUGGCCUUCUCUCUGGUGGCCAGCGUGGGCGCCUGGACGGGGUUCAUGGGUAACUGGUCCAUGUUCACCUGGUGCUUCUGCUUCUCCGUGACUCUGAUCAUCCUCAUCGUGGAGCUGUGCGGGCUCCAGGCCCGCUUCCCCCUGUCUUGGCGCAACUUCCCCAUCACCUUCGCCUGCUAUGCAGCCCUCUUCUGCCUCUCAGCCUCCAUCAUCUACCCCACCACCUAUGUCCAGUUCAUGUCCCAUGGCCGUUCCCGGGACCACGCCAUCGCCGCCACCUUCUUCUCCUGCGUCGCCUGCGUGGCUUAUGCCACCGAAGUGGCCUGGACCCGGGCACGGCCCGGCGAGAUCACAGGCUACAUGGCCACCGUGCCAGGGCUGCUGAAGGUGCUGGAGACCUUCGUGGCCUGCAUCAUCUUUGUCUUCAUCAGCAGCGCCCACCUGUACCAGCACCAACCUGCCCUGGAGUGGUGCGUGGCGGUCUAUGCCAUCUGCUUCAUCCUGGCAGCCGUCGCCAUCCUGCUGAACCUGGGAGAGUGCACCAACGUGCUGCCCAUCCCCUUCCCCAGUUUCCUGUCGGGGCUGGCCUUGCUGUCUGUCCUCCUCUACGCCACUGCCCUCGUCCUCUGGCCACUCUACCAGUUCGACGAGAAGUAUGGCGGCCAGCCCCGGCGCGCGAGAGAUGUGAGCUGUGGCAACCGACACAACUACUACGUGUGUGACUGGGACCGCCGGCUGGCUGUGGCCAUCCUGACGGCCAUCAACCUACUGGCGUAUGUGGCCGACCUGGUGUACUCUGCCCACCUGGUUUUUGUCAAGGUUUAAGACUCUCUCCCAAGAGGCUCCCAUUCUCUCUCCAGACCUCUUCGUUCUUCUUGUCUGAGUUUUCUUUAUUGAGGACUUCUUUACUGUUUUCCAGUGUCCCCUCCCUGCCCUUUCCCUUCCAGUUCAUCAAACUCUAAGCAGUUCUUGGAUGCAUCUUCCCUUUCCUCUCGCUGUUGCUCUGCUGCCCACAUCCUGUUUCAUCCCUGAGAUGUUUCUCUUUUUCUGUUCUUUUUUUUUAAAGACAGAGUCUCACUGUGUGGCCCAGGCUGGAGCACAGUGGCACGAUCUCCGCUCACUGCAACCUUGUCCUCCUGGGUUAAGGCAGUUCUCCUGCCUCAGCCUUCCAAGCAGCUGGGAGGACAAGCAUGAGCCGCCGUGCCCAGCCUGUUCUCUUUUCCACUGUUUUUUUCUCAUCUCUUUGCCGGGUUUCCUGUUGGCUUUCUCAUCUGUUUCCCAACCACCUUCUCCUGUGUCCUCGGGAGCCCUGGGACUUCUUUCUCUCCCUGCCCCCACCCACCUCCAAAGGUGCUGAGCUCCACACAUCCACACCCCUUGCAGCCAUCCAUGCCACAGCCUCCCAAGGGGCCCCAUUGCCAAAGCAUGCCUGCCCGCCCCGCUGUGCCUUAGUGUGUACGUGUGUGUGUGUGUGUUUGUGUGUGUUUGGGGGGUGGGGGGUGGGUAGCUGGGGAUUGGGCCCCCUUUCUCCUAGUGGAGGAGGGUGUGCAGUGAACCUCCCCUUUAAAUUAAAUAUAUAUAUAUAUAUCUGAAGGUAAUUUCCAAUGGGCGGGAGGCUUUAAGCACAUACCCUGGGUCCCUAGGCCCCGUCUGGUACUCAGCCUUGCCAGAGAUUGGCUCCAGAAUUUUUGCCAGGCUUACAGAACACCCACUGCCUAGAGGCCAUCUUAAAAGAAGCGAGGGCUGGAUGCCUUUCGUCCCAACUAUUCUCUGUGGUAUCAAAAAAAAGGAGUUGGGGCCAGGCAUGGUGGCUCAUGCACGUAAUCCCAGCACUUUGGGAGUCCAAGGCAGGUGGUCACCUGAGGUCGGGAGUUCAAGACCAGCCUGGCCAACAUGGUGAAACCGCAUCUCUA